AGAUUUAUCAGAGAAGCCAAUCUAUUUUUGGCAUAGUUUUUAAUUCUAUUUCAAUUUCGAAGAAUCUAUUGCUGAGGUGUCUGAUUUAACAGAGGUUGUAUGCUACGUUUCUAAAUAUUAUCUAGAAGAUAUCUCAAAAUAAAAAAUCCUUUUCUUUGACUGAAUGAAAUCUUGUGCUCUGAGAUGCUGUUGCACCUGCAAUAUGUUUUUUCAAAAAAAACUUUUCUUGCUAAUGUACUUUCUGUCUGGAGUUUUAUGGUUGAGAGUUUGUGCAAGCUCGAGACAUUUUGUGUUUUAGAUGAGUUGUCUAGCUGACAUAUGUUUCAUCUUGCAUGAUUCGCAAUGGAUUUCUGGACCUUUUGGGCUCUGCUUUAUUUAUCAGGGACCUAUAUUUCACGAUGGAAUGAAAGAAUGGAGCUGUUGCAAGAAAAGAAGCCAUGACUUCAGCUUGUUUUUAGAAAUUCCAGGAUGCCAAACAGGUCAACACACAACCGAAAAGCCCAUCUUAACAAAGGUUGCUCCAACUCCGAGGAAACCUGUGGCUGCCCCCAUCCCUGUCUCAGGCUGUACAACAACAUCACCAAAAGAAACUUGCUCCAGGUGUAAACAGGGAUUUUUCUGCUCUGACCACGGCUCACAGCCGUAUUCCAUUCCCGUACAAGCAGCUGCUCCUGGAGAAGGGACUGAAAAUGUUCCUGCUCCUCCCCGUAAGAAAGUUGGUAUAAAUGAACCCCAAAUUUGUAAAAAUAAGGGAUGCGGACAAACUUUUAAGGAGAUAGAUAAUCAUGAUGCUGCAUGCAACUAUCAUCCCGGGCCUGCCAUUUUCCAUGAUCGAAUGAGAGGGUGGAAAUGCUGUGAUGUUCAUGUUAAGGAAUUUGACGAGUUCAUGACCAUUCCACCUUGUGCAAAGGGAUGGCACAAUGCCGAUCCUUCAUAAACAGGGAGUUGUAGCGCAGUUUUUAUACCUUCCUGUGAUCUAAUUCAGACCGACAUCCUUUUAUUGCCAUUGCUUUUCAUGUCGUAUAGAACUACAAGAAACCUGAGAGUAGAGCAAAUCUACAUGUAAUUUCUCAUCGAAAGCCAUGACUGGCUUUUGUAUAUCUUGUUAUCGAGCUAUCUUAUUCUUGAAUAUGUCGCAGUUAUGCACUGUUAAACUUUUAAGUGUUUUGCAUUGGCUGUUUUUAAUGGCUUAUAGGCCAAAUUUGUGGAAAACUCCUGACCCGCAAUUCAAAACAUGAUUCUAGUGAAUGAUU